CAUCAGAAUUAUCUCCUUAAGCCAUUUUAGAUGCAUAUGAGAAAGACAUCUGCAAGCUAAGAUGUGUUUAGGUAGUUUUCUGUUAACACAUCUUUUCGUUUCCUUUCUGAUACUAAAAAUGAAUAAAUGUUCUUGACUAGAAAAUUGAAUGAACGAAAGGAUGGUCUUGUUCUGUCUUUUUGGACAGUGAGAUGUAAAUAGACACCCUACACUCUCUUGUGCUUAAUGUCUCAAACAACUGAGGUCUGAGAGACAGAAUGCCUUUAUAUCUCCACUUUUCCUCAGUAUCAAAAAAUAUGAAAGAGCAUGGCAGCUUUAUUUAGCCUUAUGGUUGAGAUGCCUUCAGUCUGGCAUCUUCCUUGUAGGGACACUACUCAUACUGUGCUGUUGUUCAUUAGAUCGCUUGUCAUUGCAAUACUAUUAUGCGCAUUAAAUCAAUGUCUCAUUUGGACCCAGAGUCAGUGGGACAUCGCAAACUGUGUUCUGCUGCCCCCCUCUGGGCAUUUUAAACAUUGCACUUGUCUGAGCAACAGGACAGCAUUCAGACAUCUGUAUGUAUUUAUAGGUAUAUGAAAGUUCUGUGUGCCUUAAUAUUCACUAUCCAUUCAGUUAAGCUGACAAUUUCAUUUUCAAAAUGAAUUUUUCAUUGUAUUGACCAUUUUUUUUGAAGAGGUAAGAAAACCCCCUAUGCAUUUUCCAUUCAAUAUUUCUGGCCACUAGGUGGUAUUUUGGCUGUUCUGGUAUUCCAAGCAGGUGCACUUCUUCAGAGAUUUGGUGAAUUUUAUUGUAUAUUACUGUACAUAAAGGAGACUGAUAUGAAGAUGGGCAAUACUUUAUUAUUUGUACUUGUAGCUGCCCAUUUUGCAACCAGUAUGAAAGUCAAGUGAAUGAUCUCAUUCUCAGUCACUCACUCACUCACACAUGUUGGAAGGCUUUGUCCUCACUGUAGAUUACUAUGCACAGGUAUUGAGCUAUUAAUGUGGUGAUAAUCCUCCUGACCUUUUGCUUAAGAUGGUUACUGGGUCUUUAUAUAGAUAUGUGUUAAUGACAUUUUCUUAUUUAGGCUCACUAUUAUUUACCUGCUAGGGACCACAUCACUUAAUAUUCAGUAAUCAAUAUGGUACAAAAUGCCCUCAGUAUAGACUUACUUUAAAGACAUAUAAUCACAUAAAAACAGUGAGUAUGAAUUACUAGUCUUAAAGAUGUUACAAAUGUGUACAAUGAUUUGUUUAUUAUUUCUUUUCAUCUUAGAGGAGGGUAGUUUUGCUGCUCUCUUGGUGAGUGUAAAGGAGGGGACCAGGGUGCUGAGAUAAUCAGCUAGUGGCCUGGCUAAAUAGGGCUUAGGAAUGAGGAGUGUGUUUUUAAUAAGAACAUAAAGAGCUUGUGUCACAAAGGCCUGGGAGAGGAGACAAGGGGAACAAACCAAACACACAUCUUCAGCCCAGCACAUCUGUGGUACAUUUUAACUGAAAAGAUCUUCAACAAAAUGUCUGUUUCCUGCUGAUGCAGAAAAGAGGAGUAAAGAAGACAAAGGUAGUACAUCGUGGCAGUGGACCCCAGCUUUGCGACUCAUCACCUGAUCAGUUUUGCAUGAGCAGAUCCUGGUUCACCUUCAACACUAUUAGGGAAACACCUUGCUGAUGACAGUCGGAUUGGACUCAGGUCGCCCCUGCUGCUGCAGGUGUUUCUCCACACGAUUGGGUCCUACUCUACUGUCCUUCGUUUUCUUGACAGUUUCAGGAUCAUGUGCUGCGAAUAUAUUUCUCUCUUUUAGGCAACAAUAGACUUAAACCUUGUUUGAACCUCCUGAGGUGAUUACAGGCCAGUACUGGGACAGGGGCGGAAUAUCCCAAACCCAAGAUGAGUGUCAAAAGCGAAGAUGUGGAGAAAUUCCUGGAUGGAAACCCGGACUUCGCUAAGAAGUACUUCGCUAAAAAACUCAAACCUGGAGCUGUGGCCUCUGUGAUGGGAAUCCCAGAGUCCAAGGUGGAUUUGAAGUCUUUUGAAGAAGUUUGUCAAGUAGAGGAGGGCGAAAUGUUCUUUGAUUUAAUCAAAGACAUGCAGGAGAACGUCAACAUGGAGAAAGUGAUCUUCAAGAUCCUGAAGAGAAUCAGUGCUCUGAUUCAUGCUGACCGCUGCAGCUUGUUCAUGUACCGCCAGAGAAACGGCAUUGCUGAACUGGCCACUCGACUAUUCGAUGUCAACACUACAGCCAAUCUGGAAGAAUGUAUGGUACCUCCAGACUCAGAGAUUGUCUUUCCUCUUGAUAUUGGUAUAGUAGGGCAUGUUGCUCAAACCAAAAAACCCAUCAAUGUCAAGGAUGUUAAUGAGAACAGCCACUUCAGCUCCUUUGUUGACGAACUGACAGAGUACACUACACGCAACAUCUUGGCUGCACCCGUCAUGAACGGAAAGGAUGUGGUGGCCGUCGUCAUGGCCGUCAAUAAGACUACUGGACCCUAUUUCACAGACGAGGAUGAAGAUCUUUUUUUAAAGUAUCUGAAAGUUGGCACUUUGAACUUGAAGAUUUACCACCUGAGCUACCUACAUAACUGUGAGACACGUAAAGGGCAGCUGCUCUUGUGGUCUGCUAACAAAGUGUUUGAAGAGCUCACAGACAUCGAGCGUCAGUUUCACAAAGCUCUGUACACAGUGCGGGCGUACCUCAACUGUGACCGGUACUCUGUGGGCCUGCUGGAUAUGACUAAGGAAAAGGAAUUUUUUGACAUCUGGCCUGUGCUGAUGGGAGAGCAGGCACCGUACUCUGGGCCUGUGACACCAGAUGGGAGGGAAAUCAACUUCUACAAGGUUAUUGACUACAUUUUGCACGGGAAAGAGGAAAUCAAAGUCAUACCAAAUCCACCUGCAGACCACUGGGCACUGGCCAGUGGGUUACCCACUUAUGUAGCAGAGAGUGGUUUUAUUUGCAAUAUCAUGAAUGCAGCAGCAGAGGAAAUGUUCACCUUUCAGACUGAACCUCUUGAUGACAGAGGCUGGACCAUUAAAAAUGUGCUGUCUCUACCAAUCGUCAAUAAGAAGGAAGAAAUAGUGGGAGUGGCAACUUUCUUUAACAGAAAAGACGGCAAGCCAUUUGAUGAACAGGAUGAACAACUAAUGGAGGCUUUGACCCAGUUUCUGGGCUGGUCAGCACUCAACCCGGACACCUACGAUAAGAUGAAUAAACUGGAGAACAGAAAGGAUAUUGCCCAGGACAUGGUCUUGUACCAUGUCAAGUGUCGAGAUGAUGAGAUUCAGAAUGUCCUUAAAACCAGGGAGGUUUAUGGGAGAGAACCAAGAGACUGUGAAGAGGAUGAACUUUGGCAGAUCCUGAAAAAACAACUUCCAGGGCCAACCAAAUUUGAGAUCUAUGAGUUCCGGUUUUCAGACUUUGACUGCACUGAAAUGGACUUGGUGUUGUGUGGGAUCCAAAUGUACUACGAAGUUGGAGUGGUCAAGAAAUUCCAGAUCCCUCAGGAGGUUCUAGUACGAUUUAUGUACUCAGUCAGCAAAGGCUACAGGCGGAUCACCUACCACAACUGGCGCCAUGGCUUCAAUGUUGGACAAACCAUGUUCACACUACUGACGACAGGGAAGCUGAAGCGGUACUACACAGAUUUGGAGGUAAUGGCCAUGAUCACAGCUGGUUUCCUGCACGAUAUUGAUCACAGAGGCACCAAUAAUCUCUACCAAGUGAAAUCUCAAAAUCCACUAGCAAAGCUGCAUGGCUCCUCCAUUCUGGAGAGGCAUCAUUUAGAAUUUGGCAAGUUUUUGCUUGCAGAUGAGUCUUUAAACAUUUUCCAAAACCUCAACAGAAGACAGACAGAGCAUGUUUUCCACCUGAUUGAUAUUGCCAUUAUCGCAACUGACCUUGCCUUGUACUUCAAGAAGAGGACGAUGUUCCAGAAAAUUGUGGAUCUCUCAGAGACGUAUGAGGAUGAGAAGAAAUGGGUUGAUUUUAUGUCUCUGGAAACAACAAGGAAGGAGAUUGUAAUGGCCAUGAUGAUGACAGCUUGUGAUCUGUCGGCCAUCACCAAGCCAUGGGAAGUUCAGAGCAAGGUGGCCCUCUCUGUUGCAGCAGAAUUUUGGGAGCAGGGUGACUUAGAGAGGACAGUUCUUGAACAGCAACCAAUUCCCAUGAUGGAUCGGAACAAAGCAGCAGAAUUACCCAAGCUUCAGUGUGGUUUCAUAGACUUCGUCUGCACUUUUGUCUACAAGGAGUUCUCUCGUUUCCACCCAGCCAUCCAGCCCAUGUUUGAUGGCAUCCUGAACAACAGGAAAGAGUGGAAGGCCUUGCAGGAGGCAUAUGAAGCAAAGCUGAAGGCAGCUGAAGAAGAAGCGAAGGCAAGGCAGGAGGCUGCGGCAGCCAAACAUGCUACUAAUAACAAUGCCAGCGGAGGUUCAUCAGGAUCCAAGACCUGCUCAAUCUGCUAAAACUGAGGGACCAUUUGGAAGGGCAACAGCCACUAAAGGCACAGGGGGAAAACCUCACCCCAGAACACAAGGACGCAGGAAAAAGAAUAAGUGGGCCACACGUUUUCAAUGCAUCAUAUACUAUCAUAAGGCUUAACCAGGGGUGUCAAACUGGGUUCCUUCUGAGCCACAGAUCUGCAGAGAUUAGCUUUCUGUCUCAUUAAACACCACUGAUUCAACGUAUCAGCUAAUUAACAAGGCCUUCAUGAACUGAAUUCAGAGUUUAGAAGAGGGAAAAUGUUCAUCUCUUCUGAGCUGUGGCCCGGAGGGAAUCCAGCUUGACCCUUCUGCUUGAGACCAACUGGGGCCUGACAUCAAAUUCUUUUAAAAAAUUAAGUUUGGCUCUUAAUUGUAUCAUUGUUUUCUAUUAACAUGUUUAUAUGUUUUGGCUUGGUUUUGUUGAGUAAUUACCUCGUGAUGUCACUGGGCAACAUCUAUUAUUUACAAGAUAUUUUAAAAGAAAAUUCAGUUUGGAGUGUGCAUAUCACAAAGAGGGUUGCACUUAAUCUACAUCACAAUGCAACGAUAGAUGAUAUACCUGUUAUUUCAUUUUUUUCGGAGACAAAUUUAAAGUUUUGAAAUCAACUGUGGUAACUGUGAUACUUCUUGUUAGUCACUGAAAAUUAGUUACUGUACAAGUACAGUUACAUUUAUUUGUACAAGUUUGUCACGUGGUCUCUAGAUCCACUUAAUUUAUCCAAAGUAUGAAUGUAAUUGAGUGUCAAUAAUUGAAAUUUAAGAUGUAGAAUAAGUGUAAUUUGGAAAAUUAAUGCUGUAUCUAUGAUUACUUCCCAUUACCCAUUAUCCCAUUAGCAUUACUAUUAUAUGCCUGAGAAUUUCCUUUAAAUUUGUGCAUUAAUAUGCGUUCCAUAAACAUAUUUGGGUCAUAGAAUGCAUAAUACUGAACACUGUCCUUCCUGAGGUGACCAAACAUUAAACAGAAAAUGGGUAAUGGCUAAUGGACGGACAUGUAAUAUGUGCUUUGUUUGCUUGGAGAUCAGUAUGUACGAAGAGAAAAGCAUCAGUAGUAUCAGAUUCAAUGUUGCACUUAUGUUCUAUUUUGACCACUUGAGAGACCUGCAAUUUGAACAUUUAUUUCCAUCAUUAUUUAUAUCAGGUGCUAGUAUUCUUCUGCUUUGCUGAAGAAAACACUAGUACUUGAUGGUUCCCCUUACAAGACAUGAAACUGGAGGAAAUACUGAUGCCAGUGGCCUUGAAACCAUACAUCUAAUGAAUUCUCAGCUAACCUCUGAUGACACAAAACCUAUGGAUGUUACAGCUAUCUGUAAUGAUACAGCAAGAGUAUUCAGACAGGGGUAUGAUGUCUCCUAUUUUGUGUGAUCUUCAUGGAGGAAGGAAGUGUCUUUCUUCCAUUACCUGUCUAUGAGACAGUCUCAGAAAAUCAAGACAGCAAUGUCUUCAUUCUGUACAUAAACAUGUAGGUGAGACAGACUUUAGAAUGAGAGCAUGUCACUGGAUUAUACUGUAAAGCACCUGAAUUAUGGCAGUUAUUUUUGCUAUUUAAAGUUUGCUGCUUUGAUUGCGCAUAUGCAACACUAGUUGCCUAAAGGGAAAUCAAGCCAACUUGUCAUAAAUAAAACAAGACAGUGUAGAACUGGUCUUAACUUUAAUGUGAUUAAUUUGUCAUUGUAUUGCUUUUAAGAUACUGCCCCACUCCAACGUUUGAUAAAUCAUCCUGUAAAGCUGUUUCUGUAUGCUCUCCACAAAAAAGAAUU